GCCGAGGUUGACUAGUAAAACAAACUCAUCUCUCAAAAACAUGUCUAUUAUAAGCCUCAAAUGCUUUCAAAAAAAUCAAUCCACUAUGUUUGUGUCUUCAACACAAAUCCAAAAGAUGAAUAACAAACCAAUGUUUCUUCUUCUCCUCUUCACCAUUUUCAUAGCUACUCCUUCUGCUUCUGCAGCAUCAUGCCCUAUGGAUCUCAGCUAUGUUGAGACCUUUCCAUGGGACUCAUCAUCAUGCAGAGAUCCAAUUGACUCACAACACUGUUGCCAAUCACUUCUUAGUCUCUUUGGUAUAGGACUUGCAAAACAUCUCAAAGAAACUUCAAUAUUUCAGCUCCCAGAUGAAAACACUUCCACAACAUGUUUACAAGACUUCCAACUCAAGCUUUCUUCCUUAAGAAUUCAACCUGAAUUAGUCCCUUCUUGUUUCCAAAACUCAACACAAUUUGUCACAAACACAUCAUACUGUGCAGGUAUCACAAACCUCACAGAUUGGAGAGAAAAGGUUGGUAUCUUAAGUCCUUUAGACACUGCUUGUAAUGGUGAUUUGAGUUCUGAAACUAGCUGUGGUAUUUGUACUGAUGCUGGUUUCAAAGUUACUACUCAGCUUAGUACUAUUGCUCCAAAAAAUUCAACCAAGUGUUUUUAUUUUUCAAUUUUAUAUGCUAUUGGUGUUGUUAAUAAAUUUGGUCCUACACAUCCUGAAACAGCUGGUUGUAUACUUGGUAUGCCACUUUCAUCAAAAGGGUCAUCAAAUAAUGGAAAAAUUUUGAAACUUGUUUUUGGUUUAAUAGGUGCUCUUGUUGGUGUUGUUCUAGCUUUUGUGCUUAUAAUUAUGUAUAGGAAAUGGGAUAAGAUGAGGAAGGAGAAUAUUUAUCACAGGUCAAUUGAAAACAGUGUUAGAGACAGUGUUUUACCUAAUACAGGAGCUAAAUGGUUUCAUAUAUCAGAGCUUGAAAAGGCUACAAACAAGUUUUCACAGAAGAAUAUGAUUGGUCAAGGUGGUGAUGGUGUUGUGUUCAAAGGAACACUUUCAGAUGGAACUUUGGUUGCAGUGAAAGAAAUUUUUGAUUUGGAUACUAGAGGGGAUGAAGAAUUUAUCUAUGAAGUUGAGAUUAUAAGCAAAAUCAAGCAUAGGAAUCUUCUUGCUUUAAGAGGUUGUUGUGUUGCAAGUCAUAAUGUAAAAGGUAAGAGAAGGUUUUUGGUUUAUGAUUAUAUGCCUAAUGGAAGUUUAAGUUACCAAUUAUCAGUUAAUGGUGCUAAUAAGCUUACUUGGCCACAAAGGAAGAAUAUUAUACUUGAUGUGGCUAAAGGGCUAGCUUAUUUGCAUUAUGAAAUCAAACCUCCGAUUUUUCAUCGCGAUAUUAAGGCGACGAAUAUACUUUUGGAUUCGAAAAUGAAAGCGAAAGUUGCUGAUUUUGGUUUGGCAAAACAAGGAAAUGAAGGACAAUCUCAUCUCACAACAAGAGUAGCUGGUACAUAUGGUUAUUUAGCACCUGAGUAUGCUUUAUAUGGACAACUAACUGAGAAAAGUGAUGUUUAUAGUUUUGGCAUUGUGAUACUUGAGAUAAUGAGUGGUAGAAAAGUGCUUGAUACAAUGAAUUCACCAGUUGUUUUGAUCACUGAUUGGGCUUGGACACUUGCAAAAACAGGAAAAAUUCAUGAAAUAUUUGAUCAAGCAGUUAAAGAUGAAGGGCCAGAGAAAAUCAUGGAAAGAUUUGUGCUUGUUGGAAUUCUUUGUGCUCAUGCAAUGGUUGCAUUAAGACCUACAAUUGCUGAGGCAAUUAAGAUGUUAGAAGGUGAUAUUGAUAUACCUAAUUUACCUGAUAGGCCUGUUCCACUUGGUCAUGAAUCUUUUCAAUCUUCUCUUUUGAAUGGUAUGCAAAGUGGAAGAUCAACACCUUAUUAUAAUUCAUCUUACUCUACAAGUAUGGUUAGUUUCAAAUGAUUGAACAAGCUUGAUUUGUUUGUGCAGUUAUAGUGUUUAGAUUAGAUUAAUUAGGAUUGUUCUGAAAUUAUUUGAAGGCUCAUAUGAACCUUCCAAGUUAUUAAAAUUUAAUGUGAUGUAGUCAUAGAUAGCUAAAAAAAAAAUUCCAGUUUGUAUACUUUUGUAAUGUUAUCCUAUAUGAUUAUGGAAGAAAAUAUUUGAUUUGUUACACAA